AUGAUUGUCAUCAAGGCUCUUACCGUCCUUUCAUUAAUCACUUCCUUUGCGGGUGCUCGUAUCAUCGAUGGUGCCCAGCACACCCCUUAUGGCGGCGCCAACGUAAAGCGUGCUACCAACAUUACCGACACCACUACCCUACAAGACUAUGAAUAUGUCAUUGUUGGCUCUGGUGCUGGUGGUUCACCCCUCGCGGCUAGGCUGGCUCUUGCUGGCCACAAGGUCCUUUUGCUAGACGCUGGAGACGACCAAACGAACUCGACGGAGUACAAUGUCCCAGCAUUGCAUGCUGUUGCAACCGAGUAUGAGCCUAUGAGGUGGGACUAUUUUGUCAAGCACUUUGAUGACGAGGAAGAGAUGAGGAGGGACACCAAGCUCACCUACGAACUUCCUGAUGGUUCUCGUUACACCGGCGCUACCCCCCCUGCUGGUGCGAAGCCACUGGGCAUUUUAUACCCCCGUGUCGGAUCCCUGGGCGGUUGUACAGCACACAAUGCCCUUAUUGCCAUGUAUCCGUACAAAAGUGAUUGGAGGAACAUCCAAGAACUCACUGGCGAUGAUUCCUGGGACCCAGAGAAGAUGCGUAAUUACUUUGUCCGUCUCGAGAGGUCACGCUACCUGCCUAGCAGCAUUGUUGGCCACGGAUUCACUGGCUGGCUCGAGACCUCACUGACCGACUUGACGUUGAUUGCCCAAGAUCUCAAGGUCGUCUCUCUUGUCUUGGCCGCCGCUACCGGCUUGGGAAAGUCCCUUCUUUCGUCGCUCUUGACUACCGUUACUGGCUUGACUCAGGUGCUGCUUCGUGACCCCAACAACCCCAGCCCCAACCGCGAUUCGCAAGAGGGCUUGUGGCAGGUUCCUCUGACCAUGAAAAUUCCUAGCUACAAGCGUGCCGGACCAGUCGACUUCCUCCGCCAGGUCCUCGAGGCGAAGAACUCCGACGGCAGCCGCAAGUACCAUCUCGACAUUCAGCUCAAUACUCUUGUCACCAGCAUCAGGUUCAACCAAACCGCCGAUGGCAAGCCCAAGGCUACUGGUGUCAACUUUUUGACUGGAAGGUCCCUCUACGGCGCAGAUCCUAGACGUCAGUCUGGACGUGCUACUGGCAAGGGCACCAAGGGCGCUGUCACUGCUACCCGAGAGGUCAUCAUCUCUGCUGGCGCUUUCAACACCCCCCAGCUCUUGAAGCUUUCUGGUGUUGGACCCAGGGAAGAGCUCGAGAAGUUUGGAAUCGAGGUCGUCAAGGAUCUUCCAGGUGUAGGUACCAACCUCCAGGAUCGCUACGAAGUCCCCGUCACCGGCCAGGCCCCAACCAAGAUCUCUCUCCUCAACGGCUGCACUUUCCUCCAGGGCUACGACAAGUGCCUUGAGAAGUGGGAAAACCUUCCUCUGGGUAUCGGAAAGGGUGUCUACGCUACCAACGGUGUUGCUUUGGCCAUUACCCUGAGGUCCAGUGGCUCCAUCCAUGGCAACGCCGAUAUGCUCGUUGCUGGCUGGCCUGCUUAUUUCAACGGCUAUUACCCCGACUUCUUCAAGAACGCCACCAAGGGUCAGGACCACUGGACCUGGCUCACUCUCAAGGCCGAGUCUCGCAACAAUGCUGGUACCGUCACUCUGCGCAGCGCUGAUCCUCAGGACGUUCCCGAGAUCCGCAAGCGCAACUUUGCUGUUGGCGGUGACGAGGACCUCCAAGCCGUUGUCGAGGGAAUGAAGUACAGUCGCAACGUCUUCAAGAGCCUCAUCCCUCUCGACGGUAAGUUCGAGGAAGUCUGGCCCGGCCCAUCCGUUCAGACCGACGAUGAGUUGAAGGAGUUCGCCAAGUACCAGGCCUGGGGCCACCAUGCCUCUUGUACAUGCCCCAUUGGUUCCGAUGGUGACGAGAUGGCUGUCCUCGACUCCAACUUCAAGGUUCGCGGUAUCGAGAGUCUCCGUGUCGUUGAUGCCUCUAUUUUCCCCAAGAUCCCUGGUACCUUCCCUGUCAUCUCCAUUUACAUGAUCUCGGAGAAGGCUUCGGAUGUCAUCAUUGCGGAUGCUAAGAACUCCAAGGCUUAG